AUGCCCCCAGUGACAGUUCUCGGUAUCAGAGCAUGUGGGAAGGAGCUCGAUGCGAUAAAUAUCUAUGCCCUGGUACCCUCGCCUGCGUUCAUUUCCCGCACCACUGCCCGUGCCCACACCCCGCCGCGGAGGAGAAGUUCGAGCUCGGCGACGGCAGUGCGAUCUGUGUCUCAAGAGGAGGAUACAAGCCUGGGGAAGCUGCGCGAAAAGUUGAGCUGGCUCGGAAAGGACUUCUUUGAUUGA